GCACUGAGAAUCGGCAUAUUGAAAGUUUCCUUUAUAUAUUGUGUAGAUAAUUUGUCUUUCCGAUUCAUUGUAACAGAAACAGAUACUGACACAAAAGCUGAAAAUGUUGCUGCUUUCCGUUCUGGUUUGUUUAUCUUCACUCAUGCAAACAUCGUUAUCAACUCCUGUUUCAGCUGCAAAGCCCCAACCCGUGGAACUGAAAUAUUCUUGUAUGGCUGUUAUUCCUGCGGACCAUCAAGAAAUUAGACCAGAUGAUGUGCCUAUUAUUUUGCUUCAUGGUUUGAGCGGAAACAAAGAAUCCUGGCACGGUUUUUUCGAAGUUUUAGCUCUAGACACUAAAAAGAAAGUUUGCAUUGCAGAUUUACGAAAUCAUGGUGAGAGCCCUUGGAAUAGCGACGAGUAUGAUGUUGAGGCCAUGACUGAAGACGUAAAACAUUUGAUAGAUCGACUCAAAGCUCAAAAAGCAAUUGUACUUGGUCACAGUAUGGGAGGAAAAGUAGCUGUUCACUUAGCAUUAACUUACCCAGAAAGAGUCGAGAAAAUUAUUGUGGAAGACAUGAGAGCAAAUGGUAUUUCUUCUGAAGGUCUGCAAGAGGUACAAUUUUAUAGUAAAGUGAUGAAAGACCUAGAAAAAGACAUACCUCAAGGAGUCUCGGAGAUAGAAGCAAAAAAAGCGUUCUUAAAAAUCUUAAAUGAACGCCUGGAAAAGGUAGAUUUGUCUUUCAAAAUGGAUGACCUUAGAGUUAUACCAAUCAAGUGUUCCGAUGGAAAAUGCAAAUGGAGGUUUAAUUCUAUAUUACUGGACGCACUUUUGAGUAAUCCUGAUGAAUUAUUGAACGAAAGUUCUGGUCGUUUUGAUGGACCAGCACUUUUUAUUUACGGUGGUAAAUCCAAUUUUAAAGUAGGAGAAGAUGAGAGCAACAUUAAAAAGCUAUUCCCUAAUGCAAAACUUGUUGAAGUAGCAGACAGAGAUCACUUGGUGCACACAUCUAAGGAAUUCAUGAGAGAAAUCGUCAAAUUCAUCAGCGAUAAAUGAAAACAAAAUCUCUGUUUUUUUAAUAUACUAUUAUGAACUGUUAUGAAUAAAACUUGAUACAAUAAAAAUAGCCAUAUCUUCAUAAGUA